AUGGCUCUCUUCAAUGUACAUGUCGGCGUGCUUAUCAUCAGUCUACUAUUAUUAUCAUUGCUACCUAAAAUAGACUCUUCAAUUGAAAAUGAAUCAGGUGAUAUACAUCAUGAGAAAACAAAAUAUUUUCGUGAAGAACAUGACAUAUCGAAGUCAACAUCUAAAUGGGACAAAUAUGUUAAAUUAAUUGAAAUAGCUGAAAGAAAUCAUAGAAAUCAAACAGAUGAUAAUAAUCGAUCAAUAUUUCGUGAACAAAUCGAUCGUGAUUUUUCCUAUUGGAAAAAUCAACCGAUGAGUGAAAUUCAAAAGCAAUUCGAUACUAUUGUAUCUAUUGCUAAAACACGUCGUCUUACGCUCUAUCAAAUAAUUGAUCAUCGUUUAUAUCGUCAAGCAGAAGAUGAAUUAAUAUUUCCAGCUCGUAAUUACGGCAUAGAACAUUUUCUUUUGAAUAUUAUCGAUUCUUUACCCGACAUGGAAUUUUUAAUAAAUACAUAUGAUUGGCCACAAAAUCAACUGAACAUUCCAAUUUUAUCAUUUAGUAAAUCGUUAUUUUCGCAUGAUACAGAUAUUCUCUAUCCAGCAUGGUCAUUUUGGGAUGGUGGACCAGCACUAGGUAGUGUUUAUCCAACGGGUAUUGGUCGUUGGGAUAUAAUGCGACAAACAUUAAAUAAAGCUCGACAAAGUUAUUCUUGGACAAAAAAAGAAUCUCGUGGUUUUUUUCGUGGUUCGCGAACAUCUUCGGAACGUGAUCCACUCGUGUUACUGUCUCGUAGUCAUCCUGAACUACUUGAUGCACAAUAUACGAAAAAUCAAGCAUGGAAAUCUGAUGCAGAUACAUUAGGUUAUCCACCAGCUGGUGAAUUAAAACAUGAGGCAUUUUGUCAAUUUAAAUAUCUCUUUAAUUUUCGUGGUGUUGCAGCAUCAUUCCGUUUGCGUCAUUUAUUUUUAUGUGGCUCACUUGUUUUACAUGUUGGUUCAGAUUGGAUCGAAUAUUUCUAUGAUCGCCUUGAGCCUUGGUAUCAUUACAUUCCAUUAGAAACUGAUUUAAAUGAUGUAGAAAAUAUUUUAUUAUUUGCUCAAACUAAUGAUCGUUUAGCUGGAAAAAUUGCUCGUCAAGGACGAGAUUUUAUUUGGAAUCAUUUAACUAUGGACAAUGUUGAACUUUAUUGGAAAGAACUUUUAUUAGAAUAUUAUAAAUUAUUUGGAAUUGAGAAAUCAAUUGUUAAAAAAUCAAAAUUUGUUCAAGUUCAUCAGCGACCUAAACCAUAA